AAAAAAAAAAAAAAAGCGGAAUUUGAAACGGUUUGCUUGCUUUGUCUUGAAAUUUUCCCACCUACUAUAUUUUCUGGUUUCUUUCGUCUUUUUUCUCCAUCGUAUACUAUCAUGUCAUUACCAAAAAUUGCCAAAUUAACUCCUCAAACUACUGCCUUAUUUAUCUGUGAUAUUCAAGAACGUUUCAAAGGUGUUAUUUGGCAAUAUCCUUCUGUUAUCUCUGUAGCCGGUAAAAUGAUUAAGGCUAGUAAACAUUUGGACAUUCCUAUGGUUGUCACUGAACAAUAUCCAAAAGGUUUGGGUGCUACUGUUGCUGAACUUGAUAUAUCUGAUGCCAAAAUUUGUUUACCAAAGACAAAGUUUAGUAUGUUUUUACCUGAAAUUCAUCAACUUCUUCAAAAACACAAUACCAAAUCCGUUUUAUUAUUAGGCAUUGAGAGUCAUGUCUGUGUACUUCAAACUGCAUUGGAUCUUUUGGAUAAUAGUUAUGAUGUACAUGUAUUGGCUGAUGGGGUUUCUUCUUCCAAUUAUCCUGAAAUUGAUAUUGCUCUUGCUCGCAUGAAACAAGCAGGUGCAGUGAUCACUACAUCAGAAUCAGCUCUUUUCCAAUUGGUACAAGAUGCUAAACAUGAAAAAUUCAAGGGAAUCAGCAAUUUGGUCAAGGAAUAUUCUGAAGCUACUAAAGUCAAUAAACUCUUGUACAAGAAUGUAUCGGCAAAUCUCUAGUUUAGGAAAUCACAUAUAAACCCUAUAGCAUGAUUUUGUCUAUACAGUGUUUUAUUAUGCUCAUCAAUAAAGAUAAUAAAAUAUUAUUUCAUUU